GAAGGUGAAGUUUGUUAUUUUAUUUUUUUUUUUUUAGAAUGUAGAGAUUCCAGAAUCAAUGACACAGGAGAUGAAGUCCUUGUUAGAGGGAUUACUACAGAGAAAUGUGGAGGAUCGACUGGGGUGUAAAGGAAGGGGGGCUAACGAGGUGAAGGAACAUGCGUUUUUCCGUGGCAUUGAUUGGACCCAGGUAUUCCUACAGAAGUACACCCCACCCCUCAUUCCCCCGAGGGGAGAGGUCAAUGCAGCUGAUGCAUUUGAUAUUGGGUCCUUUGAUGAAGAAGAUACCAAGGGCAUUAAGCUAGCUGAGCAGGACCAGGAUUUGUACCGUAAUUUUACAAUGACCAUCUCCGAGCGGUGGCAACAAGAGGUAGCGGAAACUGUGUUUGAUGCCAUUAAUCAGGACACGGAUAAACUGGAACAAAAACGCAAACAAAAACCUCGCAUUGAUGAUGUAGACCUAGAUCAAACUGACUGUAUUGUAGAAGGAGAAGUGUUAAAGUUAGGGGGUCCAUUUCUACAAACAUGGCAGAAAAAACAUCUGAAGCUGUAUCCAAAUCGAUUAGAAUUCUAUCAUAAAAACCGGGACGGGCAAAUAACCAGGGCAAAAGUAGAGUGUAUUUUGAUGCUAGACAUAAAAGAAGUAUAUCCUGAAUUCCAAAAAUUACAAAAAACAGACAAUUGUAUUGUGAUAGUGUUAAAAACCGAAAACAAAAUUGCCAUAACUUCUCCAGAUAAAGUGCUCAUUUCUCAGUGGAAGGAUGAGAUUAUUAACGGACACAAAUUAUCAGCACAGAUAGUGGCUAGGAUGACAACAAAAGCAAGCAAAAUGUAUGGUGCUGCUAUAACUAACAGUCCCAGCUCGGAGAAUUUCAAACCUCCUCUAGAACAUAGAAAUAGUAACGGGAGCUAGACACCCUCCUCCCUGUUGAUAGCUUUCUUGUGAUCAGUGACACGCCCCUCUCCUCGAUACUCACGUGGAACCAUAUCAGAGAGAGGUUCAGAAACGCAGGGGUGGAUCCUGGCUUCCUCUGGAAUACCUGAUGGGGAUCCGGCACAUUUUUCAAGCUAGUCAUCAAAUUUUUAUCCAACUUGGCAAGACGUUAUUUUCUACUACUACCAUAUGUUGUCGUUUUUUUUUUUAAAUUGUUUCAGCCAGGUGAAUGGCUCAGUGUUGUCAUUGUGUCAGUAGGCACGUGUGAUAUCAACCAGUGUGAGUGGGUCUGUCUGUCUGUCAGUGUGUUGCAUCAUUAGUGAAUGGAGAGAGGACUUUGGGCCAGUGUUUCAUUAAGGCUGCGUCCACGAGAGGGUGUUCUCUAAAAAACAAUACUCAGCUUCCAUGAUACGCAAUCUACUCGUAAAUGACCAUCAAAGCGCCCAGACUUUUGUUUUAUCUGCAAUCUCUCAGAUUUUUCUUAUGCUUUAACACCUUUUGUAUGCCUGCAUCUUUAUGACGUGUUCAUUAUUGUGAGAUGUCUGACACCCUAGCCAACGUUCUCAAUAAGUAAAAUUUCAUAGAAGUUGUAUACUCAAACAGCUUUUAAGUAAUACACAUGAGUAGUUUUCCGCAGCUUAACAAAUUUUAUUGAAACUUUGUGCUUCAUGAAUACCAAAGUUUUAGCUAUACAAUCCAAAAUGAGAACUAUUAAAAAUAAAAAUAACAUUGAAUGAUCUCUUUAGGCUUUACCUGUAUUUAUGUGCAGAUCUUUUUUUAUGAAUGAUCUCUAUCCAGUGAUUUAUUGUUUUGUAUAAAAAUGAAUUAUCUCCCUUUCUAUCCCCCCUUUAUUGACCCAGUAGAUGGCUCUUGUGUCUCACUUGACAGGGUACCGUACAAGGCAUUCCUCGUAACAAGCUUUUUCUGUGGAGAACGCACUUAGAGCAUUUUUAUGACACAAAUCUAGUUUUUCAUCUACCUCUGGUCACAUGACACUCCUUAACCAAUGACCACACAACAAGGACUGCAGUGCUUGCCAGCAUAAAUAUUUCAUCCGUUAGGUUUGCUAGGGUAAAGAAUGUUAGACAUUGUAUGUCUUUAAUUCAAGAGAUGAUGUGAAUGUUUGAAUGGGAUGUGAGAUAUUUUUUAAUGAACCAAAACUAUUGCUCCAAUUUUUUUUUAUUGUCAAGCACCUUGCUAUGUGGAGAAACUUGACAAAUCUGUGUGUACAGGUGACUUUAGCAGUUUUACCAAAGUUUUAUUUGUUACAUUAUUUAUUCUGUUUAUUAGAUCUCUAUUACUUUGUGAAUCUCAAUGUAUCUUUGAACUUGGACUUUUAUGUUUGUGUCUGUCUAGAUAGACUCUCACAAUGCAAGGCAGAUUGUUGUCUUGGGGUGGACUUUAAAUCUUAGGGGUGGGGUGUAUGUCUUAGGGGUUAUGCAGUAUAAAACAGUAGCGAGGUAUUGAUUUAGCCUCCAUCGUCAGCUGGUUUGACUCGUACUUUUCAGUGUAGUAUUUUUGGUCCAGUUUGGACAUAAGUUGAUGUAAGGUGAUGUGAUUUAAUUUAGAAUCUGUUAAAACAAUGUAAUAACCAUUAUUUCAGUACAACACUUUAAGUUCUUAGUGUCAUACAGAAAAAUUGUUUUGUUUACAAUUUAUGACUAAAGGGAGGAAUUCCUGCAAUGUUGUAUACUGUCAUGAAAUUUUGAUACAUUUUUAAAUCUGAUGGAAAAUUACUAUAUAAUUAUAUGUAUGAAUUGUAGAUUCAAGACUACAUACAUAUUAACUAAUAUUGUCAAGACAGGUGACUAUUUUACACAUUUUUCAUAUGGAAACUGUUGUAGGUUUUUAUCCAAUUGAAAUGACAACAGAGAAUUGCUUUAGAUUUGUCAGAUGAUGUACUGUAGAUGUUGGAUUCCGUCACGUGAUCUGUUUUAUAUGUGGAUAAUAAGAAUCUCUAUUGGAGCUUCCUUUGUCAGAUCAGUAUAUCAGAUUUACUCUCAUUGAAACAAAAACAGGUUGGUCAAAAUCUUCAAUGUCUAUCAACUGUUCAAUCAUUGUAUGGAAAUUUUUUUUCUCCAAUCAUGAAAAAAUGAGACAUUACCCCCAUAUUAUUUUCUCUGCAUACUCAAUUUGUGAUCAUGGGAGCUAGAAAUGCCAGAUUUUUUAUUCAGUAUGUAGUAGGCUUUGUAAGACCAGUAGGACUCUGCUAUGUGUACUGGUAUCAUUAUGCAUAUCUCGGCAGAACUAGAUUACACAAAGCCGAGUUCUGCAGUACCAAUGUUAUCAAUGUGCAAUAGGGACGACAUAUCUGGCUGACAUUGAUGCAUUUUCAUGAAAUCCAGUCAUUAUUAUUAAAGUUAUUUGACAUUUUCCAUGUGAUCCAUGUGAAAAUGUGUAUUUAUUAUUUAUUCAAAUAAAAUCUACAAAAAAUA